UGCCAAUUAGGCCCCAAGUUCCCAACAUUCCUCAGAAACCUAACUGAUCUUAAAACAAUCAUCAUCAACUUUGGUGGGAUCUCUGAUGCCAUACCUCGUUGGUUCUUGGAGAUGGAUUUGCAGCUGCAAGAACUCGAUGUCGCAAACAACCAACUGCAUGGACAGGUUCCCAAGAAGUUCCAAGGAGUUAAGGUUCAGCAGUGAAUCCAACGUUUAUCUGAGUGAAAAUAGCGUCGAGGGACCUCUCCCACUCUGGUCAAGCAAUGUGACCUCGUUGUAUUUGAGGAACAACACAUUCUCCGGGGCCAUUCCACGGGAUAUUGGGACAGCAUUGCGUCUCACAGACUUGGACAUCUCAAGAAACAGUCUAAGUGGCACAAUCCCAUCUUCCAUAAGAAAUAUGACACAACUAACCACUUUAGUCAUCUCAAGCAACAACCUGCAGGGGCAAAUCCCUGAUGUAUUCUCCAGCAUACCAAUGCUUUACAAUGUCGACGCCUCAAACAACAGUCUGACCGGCAGAAUUCCUUCUUCCCUAGGAUUCCUACAUGCUCUCAAAUUCUUGAUGCUCUCAAGCAACAUCCUUUCUUCCCAAAUACCCUCCAGCUUGAGCAACUGCACAGAGCUAGUCAGCAUUGAUCUAGGUGACAAUGCGUUGUCUGGAGCUAUCCCGCCUUGGGUUGGAGCUGAGAUGACAUCACUGCUAAUCCUACGCCUGAGAAACAACUCGUUCAAAAGGAACAUCCCUUCACAAAUAUGCAAUCUCUCAGUCCUACACAUACUGGACUUAUCGAAAAACGCACUGUCAGGGUCAAUUCCUGCCUGUUUCAAGAACCUCAGCUGGUUUCAGAGAGACUUGACACCCGAAGACACUGAUCAGCUUUACCAAGGGCGGGUGCAGCUGGUUGCCAAGGGAAGAUUACUGCAGUAUGACUCUAUAUUGUAUCUUGUCAACAGCAUUGAUCUCUCGAUAAACAAAUUUUCCGGAGAAAAUCCUCAAGAAAUCACGGCCCUAUUCAAAGUGGGAACCCUAAACCUGUCGAGGAAUCACCUAAUUGGGAGAAUCCCUACUGAUAUCGACAAAUUGGAACGGAUUGAGACGUUGGACUUGUCAAGCAAUCAACUUUGGGGGCCAAUUCCACUGACCAUGGCGUCGCUAACUUUCUUGAACCACUUGAACUUGUCGAAUAAUAAUCUGUCCGGGCAGAUUCCAACUGGUAAUCAGUUCGAGACAUUCAAUGAUCCGUCAAUCUAUGAAGGUAACGAGAUUCUGUGUGGUGCUCCAUUGCCGCGAUGUGAUAGCGCUCCGUUUCCAGAUGUGGACGGUGGAGAAGAAGGUGAUGGUGACGAAGAUAGAUACGAGAAGCUGUGGGUGUUAGUUUCAGCUGGGAUCGGGUUCUUCCUUGGAUUUUGGGGGAUUUGUGGUUCUUUGGUUGUCAAGGACAGGUGGAGGGCUGCAUAUUUUGGUUUUGCUGACAGGGUGUGGGCAAGAUUCUGCUCAGCAUUUCGUCGAACACUUGGGCAUCAUUGAGAAGCUCCCCUCACAAGCCGUAGCUAGU